AUGACAAAAAAACAUCAUUCAAGUUUUUAUAGUUUUUAUAAGAAAAAUGAGGAAAUUUUGUCAUUAACAAGUUCCGCAGAGAAAGAUUCUCUAUUUUUUGGUAGUUGCAUAGCGAUAAGCCCAGACAGUCAACAAAUUGUUACUUUUGAUCCAGAGACAUACGAAUUUAAGUUAUAUAAGGUUGAUGAUUUAAGUUCAAGUGAACGUAUUUUUACGCUUAAAUGUGGAGUUAAUGAUAAACAUCUUUGUUGGUCCAUAGCAAUAUCUAAUUGUAUAGAUGAUGAAAAUGAACGUUUUAUUGCAUUAUCUUGUAGUGAUGCAAGAGGAUUUCGCAAUGAUAUAAUGUAUGGCGAUGAAGAAAAUGACUUAAAAUCUAACGAUAAAGUCAAAAACAAAAAUGACUUAGAAUCUGGUGAUAAAGUUAAUAACCAAUAUGGUGAUGACGGAAGUUACUCAGAAUCUUGUGAUAAAUAUCUUCGUCCUCGAACAUGGGUUAUCUCUACUACAGAUAGAAGUGAAAUAUCUACUUCUUUAGAAUCAAUUGGCGGUGUUAUAAAAUUUCUUGAUAGUGAUGAUGGUAAUUAUGGAGACGAUAGUGAUCAACCGUUAAAAAACAAACCAAUAAUCAUUAUUAUAGUUAAUGCAUUUGGAAUUUAUAAAGAAACCAUGAAUCAUACUAAAAGAAAGCAAGUAUUUUUCUCACGACCCCCCAAGAUUAAACAAUUCGAAUUACCCGAACAACUCUCAAUUCGUAUUUCACGUGAUCAUUGGCAAAAUUCAUUUGAACUCUUACACACAAGUAUUAUUAAAAAUCAUUUUAUUGUACAUUCUUUUGAAAAUCGACAACAAAUCAUUGAAAUGUAUAGUUUAAUUACUGGCGAUCUAGAGAUGUUAUUUAAACGACAUGAAUCUUCGUUAGCUCCCAACAUAAUUCGUGGUCCUCCUAUCUAUGCCAUCUCUCAAAAUGAAAAGAUUUUAGCAUUUUGUCGGGGAACCACCAGUAUUACAUUAUACUUUAUGGAAAAUGGUUUAGAAAUUACUACUAAACAAUUAGAAAGUCAAAGAAUUUAUAAAAUUAUCGCUAUAAAUUUUAUUGAUGAUGAUAGUAAACUUUUAAUAGUUAUUGAAGAAAAAGAAGAUCGACAAGGUGAAAAUUCUAAGCAUCAAAUAUUUGUAGUAUGGGAUUUAUUUACGACAUUUGAAAAUUCCAUACGUCAAAUUGAUUACUCUGAACCUCUGAAACCCCUAAAAAUGGAUGUCACACAUAAGUUAAUGAAUUCUCAUGGAAAUAUGUUUGCGGUUAGAGAUAGUGGAGAUAUUUUUUCAGUGUUAGAUCAUCCUGAUGUGGCUUUAAUUAGAAAUCCUCCAGCGAAUGCAAUAACAGAAAUUGAUAUUACUACGAAGGAUCACGUUUAUCAUAAAAUUUAUAAUAUGGAUGGGGAAAGAUUCGACACAUCAAAGAAUCAAAUAAUUAUAAAUAAUGUUGAACCGUGGCAUCUAAAAGAUAGUUAUUUUCGAAUAUCAGUUUACUUGGACCCUACUGAGAGCACUCAACUAAUUAUUUCGAGUAACACUAUACAAGUAUGGAAAUAUCGUACCGUAGAAAAAUGGGAUCGAGUAUUAGAAUAUAUCUGGGCUCGGAAAAAAGCGAUGGAUGUUCAAGAAUUAAGAAUUGGAGAACGAGAAUUUAUGUUAAAAGUUUCAAUACCUUCUACUAAACGUUUCGCUCCACCAAAAUCAAUGACGAUACAUUGGCCAAAUAAUGUAAAUGUUCUUGAAGGGGCAUGUCGAGCCCUUUAUGUUUUAAGUGAGAAGAAACAUAUUGUAGCGGGUCAUGAAAAUGUUAAUAAAAUUAAAUAUUUAGUUGAAUGUACACAAAGAUUAGUACGAAAAUAUAUUACAAAAUAUGGAAUAUUUAGAUUAACAAGCAUUAGAUAUCCAAUCAUGAAAUAUCUUAUUAAAAGUUAUCAAGAUAGUUUAAUAAAACAUAUUUUAAAUAAGAAAAUUAAUAGUAAAAAUAGUAAUAUAUAUAUACCAAGAUUAUAUAAAUGGGCAAGUAAAGAUAAUAAUAAAUCAACAACCGAAAUAUCAAAGUCAGAUUUACAUCAUUCUAUUUUAUGUAUUAAAAAAAGAGGGGAUCCUACAGUAAUUUUAAAAUAUUUAAUAGAUUAUUAUUCUGAUAAUGCUAAAGAAUAUAAUAAUUAUGGUUGGAUGUUUACUGUAAGCAAGUCAAUACCCUUACUAUAUGAUUUUCAAUUAAGGGAAUUUGUUCAAUAUUUAUUCAAAAAACCAUGUUUUGGAAUUACUGAAGCUUAUACUCCCCCAUUACAUAUUAAUCCUUAUGAUCAAAAGAAAGGAAAUAACGCAGCCGUGAUACAUUCUUUGGUAGUAAAACCGCGUCUUGCAUCAAAGUUCAAUAAUAAUUUACGGUUUUUCUUAGAAAACUUAUUUACAAGGUUUCGAACUUCACGUACUGACCGUAAAGUUUAUAUAGUCCCAUUACCUGAUUUUACAGUAUACCCUAACCCCAAAGGUCACGAAAGUUUUUCAAAAUAUUUUUGGUUUCUAUUUACAUUCUUUCGAAUAUUUUUUUGGCCACGUAGAAAAGUUAUUAAUAAUACUAAAGAAAUGAGUCCUUUCCUUCGCGUUAUUCAUGAAGAAAAAGAGAAAGGUUAUAAAAUCUAUCAGACACCUACAAUCAUGGCAGUUUUAGAUUUUAAAUGGUCAGCUGUCCGUCGAUAUUUUAUUCACUCAAAUAUAAUAUUUACAAUUUCCCUCUUUGUAUAUUUAUAUACUGGAUGGUAUUUAAUUGUUACGGAGAUUGUGCAAUUAAAAAGAGAAGGAUGGUAUCGAUAUAUAAAUAUUUAUAAUAUGUUUGAUCUAGGAUCCGUGUUAUUUCCGUUAGCAGAUAACAUAGUGAUUAUUUUACAUGACUAUCAAGUGCUCAUUUUCCCCUAUUCAAUAUUUAACCCUGUUUUAGCAUUUACAGCUUUAUUUAUGUGGCUUGAAUUGGAUUUUGAUAAACCUUUCAGAUUUGAAAAUUAUUAUUCAGAUUUCAUCUCAUCGGUAGAAUCUGUAUUCUUUUGGUCCAGUGGACGAUGGAAUCAAUUAGACCAAUGGGAUAGUUAUACUGUAGAUGUAAUUAGCAUACUAGGAAGUUUAAUAUUGGUGUUAAUUUUCCAAAAUAUGUUGAUUGCAUUUAUGAAUGGUGCAUUUGAUAAAGCAAGUGAAGAAAGUCGUACAGCAACUCAUAGAUAUCGUGCUGAACUUGUUGUUGAAUAUGAAGCUUUAGAAAAACCUUUUCAUAGUAAAAGAGGUAAUCCUCGAUACAUUUAUUAUAUACCUGAUCCUGAUGUGAUUGAUACCUGGCUUAUGGAAACUAAAAAGGUCAAUAAACAAAAAUCACGUCUUGUGGGUGAGAAUUUAGCCGAUUUAACAGAUUUAACAGAUUUUGAGAAUAGCGAUGAUGAUAAAAAUCAAGAUAAUUCAUCCUAUUCAAAAAAACAUCGACUUAUACAAAAUGAAGAUUCUUCGAGUACUAUGGGUUUGGAUAUUGAACCUGCUACAACCAAAUAUAAUGGUACAAUUGAUAAAAUUUCAUUUAUUGAUGAAGAAAUUUUAGAAAUUUUUAUGUUAAAAGAUAUUACUUCUAAACUGAGUAAGAAAUUAAACAACAAAUCAUUAAAGAAUGUUAGUUAUGAUACUAAAAAUUGUAAAUCAAGUAGUGAACCUUCAUCUGAAGACCAUCGAGGUCCUACUACAAAUGCUGAUGGUCAAGAAAGAUUUAAUAACCUGGAAAAACAAUUUAAGACGAACUUUAAUAACCUGGAGACAAGAUUUAAUAACCUGGAGAAAAGAUUAGAACAAAAUUUAGAAACUAUAUUGAAAACUUUAAAUAAUCUAAAUAAUUCCAAAUAA